AUGGAUUUCAAGGAUACAAAAUUCGAGAAACCCGACCACGUCGAAGAUGUCCACGAAAAUCCGGACUUUGAUUUCGAUCCAGAUGAGGAAAAGAAGCUCGUCAGGAAGAUAGAUUGUUGGCUUCUCCCUACAAUCUUCUUGAUGUACCUGCUUAGUUACAUGGACCGAACAAACAUCGGAAACGCGAAGAUUGCGGGUAUGAACGAGGAUCUUGGCCUUAGCAGCAGCCAAUACUCGAUGGCACUCGUUGUGUUCUUUAUCAGCUACGUCUUCUUCGAGGUACCGAGCAACCUCAUCUUAUCUAAGACAAAACCUUCAACUUUCUUGCCUACAAUCAUGCUGCUCUGGGGUGUCGUUACUUGCUGUAUGGCGGUCAUUCAUGACUACAAGCACCUCGUAGCGUUGAGAUUUGUUGUCGGUGUUCUGGAAGCCGGUUUUGCCCCUGGAAUCCUGCUCAUUAUCUCUUCGUGGUACAAGAGAGAAGAACAAUCUAAACGCUUCGCUGUGUACAUUUCGGGUGCGGUUCUAUCUGGAGCCUUCGGUGGUCUACUCGCUGGCAGUAUCACUAGCAACCUUGAUGGCACACACGGUCUAGAAGGAUGGAGGUGGCUGUUCAUUGUCGAAGGUGCCGCAACAAUCGGUUGGGCCAUUUGCUCGCACUUCCUCCUACUCGACUUCCCCGCUCAACCGUGCAGAAGAAAGUUCACUGAACGCGAACAAUUGUUGGCGAUCAAGAGAUUAGUAUUGGACAAUGUCUCAACCACUGAGGGCGAUACCCCAAGAAUUUCCAGCGUCAAAGCUCUCGUCAAAGCUGUCUCGGACUGGCGUACCUGGAUCAUGGUGUUUGGCUACAUGGUCAUUGUCGGAUCGUCCACAUUGAGCUACUUCUACCCUACCCUUGUCCAGGGUCUCGGAUACGAAAGUACCAUGGCUCAGUACAUGGUCAUUCCUAUCUACGCCGUCUCUUUCGUCGCCGUCGUCGCUUCCGGCAUCAUCUUCGACAGAUUGCACCAAUAUCGUGGCCUAGCUAUCGCUGGAUGGCUAACCCUCUCCACUGUCUGUAGCAUUAUUGUCUGCGUGGUGUACAACUUCACCGCUCGCUACGUUCUUCUCAUCUUCAUGGCUAGUGGAUUAUGGGCGGCGAACGCUCUUGGUCUAUCUUAUGCUAGCAGCGCUUUCGGCGAUAUGGAGCAAGAGACUAAGGGUGUUGCUCUAGCACUUGUUAACGCUCUUGGUAACCUUGCUUCGAUCUAUGGGUCGUUCUUGUUUCCCAGCGACGAUUCCCCAAAAUACUUGCUAGGCUUUGGAGUCAUCUCAGGGAUGUGUGGUGUUGGUGUAAUGAUCUAUAUCGGGGCGCAUAUCUUACUUCGUAGAUGA